GAUUCACUCUAUCGGCGUGUGUUUGUGGGGACGGGUAGUUGGAGUAAGGAGUCGCCGGGCGGUAGUGCAUCUCAAACGCUUUUAGGGAAAGAAACGCCGCUGAAAAUUGCACCGCAGACUGAAGAAACGGCCCCCGGUGACGACUUCUGGGAAAUUACUCAACGCAACGACUGCGCCACACGCACAACCAACAAACGCAACCAGGCUAUCAAAUGCUAGCCAGCUAGCAUCCCUGAAAACUGACGGGAUCAAGGUGUUGAUAGCUAGCCUCCCAGCUAAUUAUCCAUCAGCUAGCAUCCUCCAGCCGUAGCAUCAUUAGCUUGCUUUUCCCCCCUCGCGCACGUCGAGACUUUCAGCCAUUGCUCGUGGCGGUGCCUUUCAGCUCGCGAGCACCAAAUCCCAGAUUCAGGCAAAAACAGACAACGGGGCUUCCUAACUCGCUGCUGCUGGAGACGGCGUCUGCGUUGCAUUAGUUAGUUGACACCAUCACACCCAUCUCCCCAACCCCUUUUCCUCUGCCCCUCUCCCUCCACCCGAAACACUGGAAAUCCACAAGCGGCCGGAGAGCGGCGAAGGGCCGGCGAAGCUGGGGGUGGUAACGUUACCGGACUCGCCGGGAGUCGUAACGGCUUCAGACAAGCUCAGCCGUGGGGAUCUACCGACAAUUAUGGACGGGCUGGCCGUGGAAGUUCGCGGCUCGAAUGGGGCCUUCUACAAGGGUUACAUCAAAGAUGUCCACGAUGACUCGCUCACAAUUGUUUUUGAAAACAACUGGCAGCCAGAAAGACAGUUGCCCUUCAGCGACGUGCGGUUGCCUCCUCCAGCCGAGUACCACAAGGAAAUUGGUGAAGGAGAGGAGGUGGAGGUUUACUCCAGGGCCAACGAACAGGAGCCAUGUGGCUGGUGGCUGGCCCGGGUCAGAAUGAUGAAGGGAGAGUUCUAUGUGAUUGAAUACGCUGCAUGCGACGCCACAUACAACGAGAUUGUCACAUCAGAGCGCAUCAGGCCCCUCAACCCCAACAGCCCUUCUUCUCGAAACUCUUUCCACAAGGUCCCCAUCCCUGUCCCAGAAGACCUGAGAGACAUCUGUGCAAAUGACAACAUUCACAAAGACUUCAGGAAAGCUAUCGGAGCCAACUGCAUCUUCUACAGUGCCCAAACACACGAACUCAUUGUGCUGUCUACAAAUGAAACCACAGUAAAGCGUGCCACUCUCCUGAGCGACAUGCAUUUCCGCAGCAUCCGUACCAAGCUUAUGCUAAUGUCCCGCAACGAAGAAGCCACCAAACAUUUGGAGACAAGUAAGCAGUUAGCAUCAGCAUACCAAGAAGAAGUGAAGGUCAGGGAGGACCUGAUGGGCCUCGCCAUCGGCUCCCACGGUGCCAACAUCCAACAGGCAAGGAAGGUGCCUGGGGUCACAGCUAUCGAACUGGAAGAGGAAAGCUGCACAUUCAGGAUCUACGGAGAGACCCCAGAAGCAGUAAAGCAGGCUAGAGAGUAUCUUGAGUUCAAAGAAGACUACUUUCAGGUACCCAGGAACCUUGUAGGCAAAGUCAUCGGCAAGAGCGGCAAAGUCAUCCAGGAGAUUGUGGACAAGUCGGGCGUGGUCCGCGUCAGGAUUGAGGGAGACAACGACAAAAAACUUCCCCGAGAGGAGGUAGGCAGGCAGGGGGCAGGCAGGGACGACACUGCCAGCGGCAAAGAGGGCAUGGUUCCCUUCGUGUUUGUGGGAACUAAAGAGAACAUCAGCAAUGCUCAGGCUCUGUUGGAGUACCAUGUGUCCUAUCUCCAGGAAGUGGAGCAGCUGCGCAUGGAGCGUCUCCAGAUUGACGAGCAGCUCCGUCAGAUCGGGGUUGGGUACCGCGCACCUCCUAGUCGAACUGGGGGCCCUGGUGUUGAACGGGAGAAAGGCUACUUGACAGAUGACAGCAACAACUCACUCCACACUUCUCGCACCUAUGGGGGCCGCGGCAGAGGGCGCAGGGCCUCCAACAGUCAGUACUCUGGAUAUGGAACAAACUCUGAACUGUCCAAUGCUUCUGAGUCGGAGGAUCUAAACGAGCGAGACCAGCGGCCCCGUGGCAUAGGCAGCGAUGAGAGAGGCUCCCGGCGGGGCGGCAGGGGCCGAGGUUCUAACUCAGGACGAGGCCGUGGAGGGCCAGGGUCCAAGCCUUCCAACUCCAUCAGCUCAGUUCUGAGGGACCCAGACAGCAACCCAUACUCCCUGCUGGAGGGUGAGGGAGAGCUGGCCGACGGAGACAUCAGCGAAGGCAUGGGAGGAGACCGCCGCAGACGCUCCAGACGCCGCCGCAAUGACCAGGAGCCCAGUGUGAUGGACGCUGCUGCAGAGUCGGACAGCCAGGCCGGCCCCAGCGAGAACGGACUGGAUGAGGAGGCCCGACCUCAGCGCCGCAACCGAAGUCGCCGCCGUCGUAACCGUGGCAACCGCCCCGAGGGAGGUUCCACCAGCCGUGACAGACAGCCAGGUGAAAAUGUGACUGUUGCUGACUACAUAUCCCGUGCUGAGUCCCAGAGCAGACAGAACCUUCCCCAGAAGGAAAACCACGCUGGCCCCGAGCCCAAGGAGAACGGGACCAGCGCCCAGAUUCCUGAGCGAACGCCCUCCAAGCGUUCUCCCAGCAAAGGCAUGACCUCGCCCAGCGAGACCCUGACCUUGGUCAAUGGGGUCUCGUAAAGAGACGGCCGUGCCCCUCGCGAACCCAAGUCUAGAGCAAGACUCCAUGGCAAACUCUGUCCCUGCUUGCAUUAACUUAAACCUUAAACUGAUGAGUGAAAAGUACCUGACAAAAUACCUGAAUUCAUACUAUGAGAGUGAAAAAGUACAAAAAAACGACAAACGCAUCUACUUAAAAACACACGUUAACGGUGUAUGCUAUCCUAUCUAUCAGUACUUAGUGCUUAUUUAAAAAAACAACUAGCUUGCCAAAAAGAGCUGGUGGAUAUGACUUGAUUUUUAAAAAUACUGAAAUACGAGAAACAGGACGAGACUUCUUUUUUUUUUUUUUUUUUUUUGAAACGGUUGUCUUUAUUUGUGUCCUUUCUUUUUUGUUAUGUUAAUUUUGUUCAUUGUUUAUCACUGGUUUGGACUUGGCGGUCGCUCUCUCAACCAAAACAGACGCUUCUCUUAACAGUGUUAAAGUACAGACAAGAGAGAUGUAAGCUGUAGGGAGUGGAGUACGAGCAGACAGUCCAAUAGCUUAUGUGACGCGAUGUUCGCACACUGUACCUGGGAGUGGAGACAGACAGACAGACGGAUUGGAAUAUUGAUAGACAUUGUGCCUUGAAUUUGAAAAAAAAAAAUAAUAAUAAUAAAAAAAAACUUGAGUUUUUCCAUUAAGUUUGUUUUUGUUUCCCAUGAGGAAGAAAAGAUGGCGAGGUGUUCUUCCAGGUUUCUUUUAUUUUUUGGUUCCAAGAAGAGAACAGACCUGUGAGGGAGUGAUGAGUAAAAUGAGUGAAACAGAAAAGGAGGGAGUGGCUGGCCAACGUGAGGAGAAAAAAAAAGUCUGGUGCCAAACACGAAAUUCAAGGCGCUUGUCCUCAUUCCGAGUAGAAUGGACAGCGUCGGGGUCAGUGCGUGCGUGUACGCGCGUAUGUGUGUGUUUUGUGUGUGCGCACAGUUGAGACAUUUGGCAACCACAAAACUAAACUGGGAGGGGUGAGGUAACAAAAUGCAACGCAGCCCUGGGCGGGUCGCACGGUGAGGCAUCUAUAAUUAUCGACAGGCCUGGGGGGGGGGGGAGAGAUCAGGUGAUGUGUCCUCCUCUCACCUGUUUUAGGUCCUUGGAGGGUCCAGGGUGGCACCCAUGCAGCCUUCUAAACAGGACAGGCUGAGACCAGACUUGAACUAUAGAUUUAGACUAUAAGAGAACUAUACCGUGCCUCUUUCUCUUUGUGUCGGAGGGGGCGGCGGUGCUAGCUUCCAGCCACACUAGUGUCUUGAUAAACCACUGCAGCGCGCAGCUCCGGAUGCACACGAGGGCGACCACCUUUUCUGGGACUGGGGGGGGGGAGGUGCUGCCAGUGAGGGGAGGGGGGGGGGGAGGGCCUGGAGACUGCGGACUGUGUGGGGGAGUGGGACAGCUUCAAAUGACAUGAGAGCCACAUGACACACAGGCCCACGCUUACAGGUACACACACGCGCACACACACAACAGGCAUACACACCAGGCGCGUGUAAGUCGACGUGGUCGCCCGCGUGGCGCAAAGUAAGAGGACCGCAACAGAAAACUGUAAACCAAGUGUCUGUCUUGUACCUGGCAGUUUGGGUUAGCAAAUGGAGUAAGAGAGGGACUCAAAACCUCAGUGGCUCUCUGCUCAUGUUGUGACUGUUGUCUUGGUUACCGCUCUCAAGUUUUUUUUGUUGCUAUUUCCACAUCUUAGAAAAUAUGAAAUAAAAAAUUGAAGUGAAAUCAACCUCUUCUCUGGAGACGAACUUUGAUUUCUCUGUCUUGUGAGUUUGCAGUCUAUUUUUCUAACUUGCAUGGCAUUUAGUUAACGAGUAGUAGGUGGUGCCUGUCCUGUGCAUGAGGGAAGGGUUAUUAAUCUGACUUACAAAGCCAUUGUUUCAUUCACUAGAAUUGCUGCUAAUGUACACAUUGAAUGUCCAACUAACGUAGAAACUCUACCUUGAGGAGAGAGAGAAACUAUUUGUGACUUUAAAAAGAAAAAGGAAAAAAAAAAAAACAUUUCCCCCCCUCCCCGGCUCAUCUGCCCAGAACUGUCCCAGUGUCUGUCGGCGGAUGCGAGUCAGGAAGGGACCCCGUUCCUCCGCUCACAAGUUUCCGAGUCUCACAAAGUAUUAAAUUACAAGGGCAACAUUGUGCAUGACAAGCAAGCGUCCACAUGACCAAAGGUUUUGAGAGACAGAUGAAUGGGAGUGUGGUUGAAUCGAGAUGACCCAGAUGCUGCUCUUAUACAUUUCUGCUCGCCUGUAUGUUGUGUUUUUAAAGGAUGAACGAGCACUUGAGUAUUUGUACCUUGGUUCAGUCGCAUGUGUGCGAGUGGAGGACGAAGCCCUAUCUGGUAUGUUUGUGUUUACCUUUAUACCUCAUUGUGUGAGUACUGUAUUUCCUUAUGUAUCUGUACCCCUCGCGUCCUGUUGAAAGACUGCUGGCCGCUGUGUGUGUGUGUGUGUGCGUGUGUGUGUGCGCGCGCGUGUGUGUGUGCGUGUGUUUGUGUGCCUCUGUGUGGAUGCUGGUUGUACAGUCGACUCCACUCUGUCAGAUUUUGUCUCUGGUUUUCUCACUCAUGUUCUGAUGGCAAUAAAGGACUUUUCAUUGUUUGGUA